AUGGAACUCUCCCGGCCCGCGGACUCACAAAUCGUUGCCGCUUCUCGACCUCGCGCUGGACACGAUGUUUCAGCCGCAACUGUCAGGGAGCUUGAGAGAACUAUCGCGGGGUUCCAGGCCAUCUUGACCGAUGAAGACCGCAAAAAGCUACAGCAGCUCAAAGGGACGUCGCAUGAUUCACAAAGCAUCAUCACUUUCACGGCCGAGCUCGAUCUUCUUGAUAAGAACAGGCGAGGGAAGAGUGUCGCCUCGAGACUGGCUUCAUUCUUGCAGACGAUUGAGCAGUUCACGCCCAUCGUCGACACUUACAUCCAAUCGAAUCCUGAUGUCACCGCGCUCAUCUGGGGCUCAAUCAAACUUACAUUUAUGUUUCUUGCCAACUUCGCGUCUUACUUCCAAUCGUUUGUUGAGCUUCUCCACGGCUUCGGUUCACUAUGCACCCGCUUCGCCGAGUAUCAAGUAAUCUUCAAGGAAUCCUCCCGUCUCAAAAGUUCAGUCUGCCAGUUUCAUACGGCAGUCAUUACCUGUUGCCAGCAAAUCGUCUUGGCUGUCCGACGGCCUUUGAAGAAUCAGAUUCUCAAGGCAAUUACACAGUCCUUUCAGUCUGAACUUCGAAGCUACGUGGAAGACAUCAGAGCGAAAGCAGAGGAGGUACAGGGCGAUAUUCAAUUGGUCAAGGCUCAGUGUGACCGCGAGGAACAGCAACUACAGACCACAGAGCGAAAAGAGGCUACGGACCAUCGGAAACGCUUCAGAGCUUGGGCUGCCGAAAUGGAAAUAUUUCAAGCGCAGCGAAGACGAGAUGCAUCAGAACACAAACGACGUCGCCUUCUUGAGGACUUAUCGUCAUUCAACUUCACUUCGGCCUUCAACAGCACACGAAACAAGCGCCACGUAGGCACGGCCAAAUGGGUCUUUGCGACUCCGGAAUUCCAACAAUGGGUCAAAAUCAAUGGGUCUCCCGUUCUUCAUAUCACUGGCAAAAUUGGGUCUGGUAAAACAGUCUUGUCGUCCUCGAUCGUUGAGAAGCUGUCGCAGAUACGGCCACCUCAUCAAUUCGUGUCGUUCUUCUUUGUCCGCUUUGAUGAUCCGCUUAGCCUCAACGCGGAAACAGUCAUACGCUCCUGCAUUCAACAGUUAGUAUCAGCCAUCGACAUGGACAGUCUAGACCCAAGGGUCGUUUCUGAACUUGACGAACACCUCUCUCGAGCCAAGUUGGCUCUGUUCUCCUUCGACCUGCUCUCAGAUCUCUAUUUGUCUGCGGCCAAAGCUAUCAAACAAUGGUUUAUAGUUAUUGAUGGCUUAGAUGAGUGUAGUACUGAUCAACAGUCCAAGUUGCUAAAAUUCUUCCAAGGAAUUAUUUCGAGGAAUAAUACAACGCGUAACAUAAGCGUUGUUUUCGCCUCUCGAGAGACAUGUACCAACGCAAUCAGAAGCAUUUUCCCCGAGUCGCAGCGACUAGUUACAGGUCUAGAAAGUACUAGCGUCGACAUCGAUUCAUAUGUUGACGACAUCAUUAUUGACAAAUUGUCAACUGGCGAACUGGUUGUCAGUGACCCCAGGCUAUUGAGAGAGAUUCUGACAACCAUUGCUUCUAAGGAGCAGGGAAUGUUCUUGUGGGCAUUUUUUGCUAUUGAGGAUAUAUGCUCUGGGAAGACUGACAAUGAAAUUCGGCAAGCACUUCAAAACAUCCCGGGUGACCUUCCCGCGACUUUUAACCGUGCGCUUAGCCGCAUUAUCCAAAAGCGCAAUCAAGACAUCGCCAAGAAAGCCUUUAUGUGGACAAACGCAACAUUACAACCAUUGACUUUAUCACAACUCCGUGAAGCACUAUCUAUCAAACCUGGGCAACACACUCUGCGACAGGAGGAUCUCAUCAGCGGAAUAGAACGUUUACCUGCUUGGUGUGAGAACUUGAUUUAUGUCGAGGAAACAGACAACACAGUUCGGUUCAGCCAUCAUUCCAUUCAAGAGUUUCUUUUGGCUACAGAUCCGGGUGAACAUGGGGCUCUUCACAUUGACCCUUACCAGUGCGAUAAGCUUGCCGGCGAGGUCUGCAUUACGUAUGUCAGUCUUGAUAACUUUCAAACUACGCUAGCAGAAAGGGAAAAAAAGCCUCUGACUCCAUCCGCUAUGAAGAUUGACCCAAGUGGAAUAGCUGAACAGACGAUACAGUCCAUCAUCCAUGGUGGCGUUGGAACACGCGUUGGUCGCCUAGCUCGCCAAUUUGUCAAGACAUCAAACACAAAUAAGGCCUCAACACAGCGCGAAUUUUCCCUGAGCUCUCCUAUGCCAGUUACUGGUAAAGCCCAAGGAACCACAGACUACCCCUUUCUCGAAUACGCGUCGACGAACUGGUUCAAGCAUACCAAAUACAUUAGCAAAACGGAGACGAAGAUCUGGAGUCUCCUAGGUCAACUGGUCCAAAAGCCCGCUCAGCACUCGCAAGACGAGCCUUGGCAUAGUACGGAAUGGAAGGACGAAGUCAUAACGGGAUUUCAAAAUCGUAACGAUCCAAGAUCAGAACGCUGGUUCCGUGUGAUGAAGGCUGUGGUCAAUGACACAUUUUAUGAGUCAGACAACGAGACGGAUGUCGGGCUAAACUUCUCUAAUCUCUGCCUUGCUUUCGAUUACGCUGAGCGGAAUGGCUACUACGCGAUCGCAUGCCGAUCCUUCCAGUUGUUGUUAGAAUAUCCUUUGAUGGAACCCGAGUUGGAAGAGGCCAAGUGCAUUCUAGCUGUCAACAAGAAUUACGAGACCUGUCAAAAUGGUUGUGUAGGGUUGAUACCGACACGUCUCGAUCACGACCAACUCCUUGGAGAGGUCAGGAAAGCGAUCGCCUAUGGGAUUCCAUGCUUCCCACCACUACCGGAUUAUUUACCGAAUUACGAGUCACAUCCUUUAUGUCACUGCUCAGACCAGCCUCCUCAUCAGUUGAAAUUGGAUAUUUGCCAGGUGUUAAAACCAGGCUAUAGCCCAGCGAUUCAACCGCACUUACAGGCUUUCGCUAUGGUAACAGAAGCACUUGAUGGGAGACAUGGGUAUAUCCCCGCCAUCUCCGAUUUGAGCACGGCAUGCAAGCAAGAGGCUUAUUCUUUGCUUAAAGCGAAAAGCACUCAUGGGAUGCUUUUGAUUGAUAUGCUCAUCCAAGGGCUCCUAUCAACCGAAAUCUUAGACAAAGGCAUGAUCUUGACAACCAUCGCCAGGUUUUUCGGACAUGAAACGACACGGAGCUCAACUUCUCAUUUCCGUAUACCAAAGCCAACAAGCUCGAUGUCUGAACACGGUUCGAUAUCUUAUACCAUCUAUUUUCUGUCUCUUUUGGGUGGGGAGAGCUCUCCUACACCCAUCCCAGAUGAAAGCAUUCUUCGUGAACUUAGUAGUUCUGAAACGCUCAUGGAUCUACACGGCGAGACUAUCACAGCGAUAUUUCGAAGACUCGUUAUCCCUACACUGUGGCCGACUUAUGUGGCAUCAUAUAUUGUUCAGACACUCCUCAGGGACUUCCUGAAUUCUGAUAUUAAACACAUUUCCCAUGCUCACGAGGACUCAUUUAGAGAAGCUGUAUGGCAUAAUAAUUGGGACAUUGCGGCAGCUCUACUGAACAUUCAGCCGACUUCCCUCGACCGGUUCACUGCUGGCCGCGGCUUCUUCACUGCUAUCAGAGAAGCUGUGCGCUGUCCGAACUGCUGGCGAUGCACCCAAAAUGUGGUCAGACAGCUAACCUCCAGCGAACUGCAUCGGUACUUUUUUAGGUUAUGUGCGAACCAUGUAAACGAUUUCAAUAAAAUUCCUGGUGCGCUUGGAGGUGUCUAUAAUGUUGACAAGGGCACUUUGCUGUGCCCAGGACAUAGUACACAUGCGUUGCCUAAACGAGAUGAGAAGUUAGGGCUGUCAUGGUUUUAA